CGACACGUCACAGACUGACAGUUGGCAGCUGGACUCGGAAGAUGGCGUUUGUUGUCUGUCGCUCCGCCGCUCUCCUCUCGCUCCGCGCCGCCGGGCUGAAAAACGGCGGCUCUACGCGGCUGAAAACCGGGACGAACGUCUUCAGCCGCUCGGCGGUGACCACCGCGUCCGGAAAGAUGUUACCGAAACCAGUCAAGACCUCGUUUGGGUUGGUUCGGAUGACGGCUGUGGUCCUCCCCUUCCUCUAUAUCGGGACUCUCAUUAGUAAAAGCUUUGCAGCCCUACUGGAGGAACACGACAUAUUCGUACCCGAGGACGACGAUGACGAUGACUGAGAGAUCGGUCUCAGUGAACACGGGGUAGCGGACGGAGUUCUGUGGGUCACUGAAGGAACCAAACCUCUUUCUGUCGACCUGAGAAGGAAUUUCAAGAAUUGACCGAGACUUCAAAACACAAACUUCCAAACGUCCUUCUCUGAGUUUGAGAAGCAAUCUCCCUCCUUACCUCUUUAUAAAGUGUGAAACACCAAGCGAUUAUUAUUAUUAUUAUUAUUAUUAUUAUUAUUAUUAUUAUUAUUAUUAUUAUUUUGCUCAUUCUUUGUUGCUUUGAUUGUGAGUUCAGGAGCUGCUCUUCAGUUCUAGCUGCGCUGCCAUAAUUACUGUAUUGUGAAUCAGUCCAGCCCUGGCUAGGACUACAGCUCCCAGCAUGCCUCUGCACCCCCAGCAAAGGCAAGGGAUGAUGGGAGCUGUAGUUCUUUAACUACGGUGAGCUGUAGGACUCCCUGUGUGUGUGUGACCCUGAGCGAGUCGCUUCACCUCCUUGUGCUCCGUCCUUCGGAUGAGACGUCAAACAAACGAGCUCCUAUUGGAAGAGACUCUGCAGCAGCCAGACUCCCUGUGUGUGUGUGUGUGUGUGUGUGUGUGUGUGUGUGUGUGUGUGUGUGUGUGUGUGUGUGACCCUGAGCGAGUCGCUUCACCUCCUUGUGCUCCGUCCUUCGGAUGAGACGUCAAACAAACGAGCUCCUAUUGGAAGUGACUCUGCAGCAGCCAGACUCCCUGUGUGUGUGCGUGUGUGUGUGUGUGUGCGUGUGUGUGUGUGUGUGUGUGUGUGUGUGCGUGUGUGUGUGUGUGUGUGUGUGUGUGUGCGUGUGACCCUGAGCGAGUCGCUUCACCUCCUUGUGCUCCGUCCUUCGGAUGAGACGUCAAACAAACGAGCUCCUAUUGGAAGUGACUCUGCAGCAGCAGCAGCAGCAGUUGUUGAUGAUGCAGAGUUCACCCCCCUAGUCUCUGGAAGUCGCUUUGGAGAAAAAGCCUCCGCUGAACGACUCAUUAAUAAUAAUAAUAAUAAUAAUAAUAAUAAUAAUAAUAAUAAUAAUAAUAAUAAUAAUAAUAAUAAUAAUAAUAAUAAUAAUAAUAAUAAUAAUAAUAAUAAUAAUAAUAAUAAUAAUAAUAAUAAUAAUAAUGAUAAUGAGGAGCUCGGAUUGAGUUCAAACUUCAUAUAAAAGGUUAAAAGGGUCCCUAAUUAAGAAACGCAGCUGAAUCCUCGUCUCCUCAGUCUGGUUUGAGUGUCGAUGGCAGAUCGUAGAGACACAGACCCUGACGAAUGUGUUUGUCUUUAUGUUUCUCUUCUGCAUGAACGAAUGUAUUUCAAAACGAUAAAAUAAAGCAAUAUGUCUAACACUA